AUGCCUGAGUUUGUACCUUACCAGCCUGGUAUGCUCUUGGGCCAGGGAUACAAUUCCUACCUCCAACAACUCCGCCUGCAAGAAGCAGCAAUCAUAACCGAAAAUAAAAGUGCAAAGGAGCCGCCUAAUGAAGUCUCCUCCAAUACAGAUGUAGACGAGGGAGAGGAAAGUGACAAUAAAGAGGAUGCAUCCGGGAGUAUCCGCGCGCAGAAAGUUGUCUAUGAGUACAGUUUCGUCAAGGACUAUCAUGCGCUGAGGGAGACUCUCAAUCUGAGCUCUGGAGCCGCUGUUUCUGGUUGGGGUCAAAGCGGCAAAGUGAACGUUGAGUACUUGGAUCGAAGCGAGUUCGAAGGCAGCACCUUGACGUAUCAAGUAUCUGUGUUUUCGGAAAACCAGCCGAGCGUCUCUUACCAUUAUUCGUUCAACCAAGCGCAAUGGGACGAGUGGAAGCAGAGCGGCUCCCCAGAUAAGCCACAAUUGAUAUAUGGUGAUCGUUACAUUUCUGAUUUUAUCACCGGGGGGCAUUUUUUUGCCCGCUUUUCCAUCAAAGCCCGUAAUGAGUCACGCAAAAACGAAAUCGAAGAAUGGGCAAAGACAGCCUUCCAGAUGUAUGGGGCAGAUAUAGGCGUCGACGAGGAAAUGAGAAAAGCAGUUGAGAAUAUCGAAAAGCAUGCGGAAGUGAAGUGUUCCAUCCACCAGGAAGGAGGCACCCGGUUUCGCAGGAAGGGCUCGGUUACGGAUGAUGGAAGCGAGUCCUCCGACUUCCUUUAUAUCAAGAAGCAGGCGGAUAAGUUCUACGAGGAGGCGAAGCAGGGACAACACAAAUACCGCCGAUUGCAAGUGUCAUCCGCUCUGUUGCAGCAAUACGUUAAUUUACCUAACUUCAGAGAAGGCCAGCAUUUCAAGCCCCACGAUUACCGGCAAGCCAAUGAGAAGAGCCGACAGCUCUUUGAAGAUUUCAGUCUUUACCAAUCAUAUGGCGCUCUGAUCAGUAACAUCGGCAAGGAGCAGUUCGCUGGGGGCGGAGCGGAGAGAGACAGCUUGGAGAGUAGAAGAACAGAUGAGAUUCACCAAAUUCGUGUCAAGGUGGAAGAUAUCUCGGCCGACCCUCAGAGGGCCUUGGGUAUCGGGUUUAAUUACCUGAGGGCGGAAGAGUUUUACAUUAUGGUCAUUGAGGCCAUCAAGAAAGUGACCUAUAUUGCCCAAAGGCGCAAGAUAGAGGUCCGUGACAGCACCAGUGACAUUGCGCUUCCUGAUCUUUUGUCAGGGGCUGAGAAGCUCUUCGAAUUCAAAGCCUACAAUUUUCCAGAUAUCAUUGGUACCAAGGUUGUGUCAUUUGGAAGAAGCAUUACUGACCCAGACUCCUUCGUUUGCACAUUCGGUCAGCGCGUGAAUAAGUUCGAUGGCUGGAAAGAAGAAAGCUGUCUCUGGGCCUUUCCCAAGCAACUGAAGUCAAUCGCCAAUCGUGCUGUACACGUUUCGAAGUCCAACAUCAAGAAUCAUAUUCGGCUGGAACUACAGGAUAAAAAGUCGAAGCGUUUGUUUGAUUUCUACGUUAACGUUUGA